CGACGGAGCAGCAGCCCGCGAGCGCCCCGGGGUGGACAUUGAUCCUAUGACGCAUGCCCGGAAGAAACAGCUCUUACUUCUGAAACACUCAGCUGGUUCUGCUGGCCAAGCUUUGUCACCGAUUGACGGUGAGAGAAUGGAUAGGACUGAGGCGGAGGAUUGCGAGCGAGGCAAUGGUGCUGAGGGGCAAACCUGCCAGAGUCGAUUUGCAGGCGUGAAUAAAAGCAGGAAUUUGCAGGAACUCAGAAAGACGUAUCCAUUGAGAAAACGCCUCAGCUCAUCCGUGGAUAAAAAAACAUGCUCCGUGCUCCUCACUAGAUUGGAGGAUGUCGCCGGAUCCCUGUCGGAGGAGACUCAGAGUGAGAUGAAGAGAGGUCUCGCCCAUUGUAUGGAUGACUUCAGACCCGCCUGCCUUCCGGAUCGCGUUCAGGUCGUGAGAGCAGCGAAGCAAGAGUCAUCGGCAGGGAGAUGCACAAUAUCGUGUUCUGGGACCGGGCGGCAGGGAAACGAUGCUUGUCUUGCAGAACCCAGGAAGCGCAGGCUAGCCUCGCUGAACGCAGAGGCAGUGAACAACCUGCUUUUCGAACGGGACGAUGGCUUAAUAACUGGCCGGCGUUUCCGGAAAGAUCCCCCCAAAGUUGGUGGAGUUUGUUGCACUAAGAAUAUAUGCUGCAGUACUCAGGGCACUUGGCCCUCGGUGGAAAAGCAGAGCUCCAAGGCAGCAAAGGGAAAGAACCAAAACCGGCCGAGUCCGAAGUGUGCUUCUCAGCCGCUGGAUGGUGUCGUUGACAGGAAAGGGCGGGAGGACAGAGGGAUUUCCUACCACCCUGCUCCAAAGAGAUUGGCCAGUCUCAACGCCACGGCGUUUCUGAAACUGACCCAUGAGAAAGACCAGCCGCUGAAGCCCAGGAGUAAAUCCACUGGUGAAAAAGAGAGCAAGCCUGAAAACCACGGUUCCAAAUCCAAGCUCAAAUGGGCCAAAGCCAGUGGGAAAAACUGUGUUAAAUCCAAAAAGGAAACGUCCACUGUAAAAACAGAAGGUCACCAUAGCUGGCAAGGAGUCGCUGAGGGCGUAUUUACAAAAGCGGCCCAUCAGGAUCCUCCUAGAAUUUUGGGGGAAACGGAAUCUGUCAGUUACGAGCCGCUACCUAACUCUUGCGAAGGCCCAGAGGGUUUCUAUCACAGACUGCCUUUGCUCAUGGGUGGGCAAGCCUCUAUGAAACCUGAAUAUGGAAGACCCGGAGAGAAAUCUCCAACUCCCAAGCAGGAAUUUCAUCAGCCUUCCUUCCCAGUACCUCAGUUCCACCCUUUGCCCGUGCCAGGAAACCAUACGGAUUGUGGCUGCCUCUACGAAUCGUCGGACUUGACUCCAUUGAAUGGGUUUUAUGUUUAUUAUGGCCAAAGUGGAUACAAUGAUUACACUCACUGCUCUGUUUACCCGAAGGAUGAGCUGUCCCAGGCGACGGGUUGCGAGGGGCUUUUGGUAUCUCCGGGUUCUUUACCUCCAGACCCCUCGUUUCAGCCAUUUCACUGGUGUAGCUCUCCCUACUGUUGUGGGGAAGGACCGGCUAUUAACAGUUACAGCCUUUGUGGAGUUAUGCACGUACCCGAGAGCAGAAUCAGUACUGUGCACGCAGGGCGGAACUGCUACCCUUAUAAGAUGCCUUUUGCAGCAGACAGCUGCAAGUCCCUGGACCAGCUGAGCCUCACAAUCCCUGUGGCAGGGCACCCUGUUUCACCUGCCCACCCACUCUCAGGAUGUCCGGUACCAAGUGUGCCACCAGCUGCAGAACCUGUUCCUCACUUGCAGACGCCCAACUCGGAGCCCCAGACUAUGGCCCGUGAGUGCCCACAGAGCUCCAAGCCUCCCAGCGGCUCCAAAUCAGGCCUCCGCAACACCGCCAGCUGUUUACAUGUGUCCGACAGCAAAACCGUAGGGGGUCACUCUCAUCCAAAGCAGCAACGGAUCAACCGGAGAAGAGCCACCAAUGGCUGGAUACCCAUUGGAGCAGCCUCCGAGAAGGCUGUCUAUGUUGUGAAUGAACCAGAGCCAGCUGUUCGCAAGAGCUACCAGGCCGUGGAGAGAGAUGGAGAAAUCAUCCGGGUCCGAGACACAGUCCUUCUGAAAUCUGGACCACGAAAGAAAUCUAUGCCUUAUGUGGCAAAGAUAUCGGCCCUAUGGGAAGACCCCAAAACAGGGGAGCUGAUGAUGAGCCUCCUGUGGUAUUACAGACCAGAGCACACUCAGGGAGGCCGCAAUCCUAGCAUGCAUCAGAAUGAGAUCUUUGCAUCCCGACAUCAGGAUGAAAACAGUGUUGCCUGUAUCGAGGAGAAGUGCUAUGUCCUGACCUUUGCAGAAUACUGCAGAUUUUGUGCCUUGGCGAAGCGUCGAGUGGAGGGGAUCCCGGGCAAGAAGGCCAUGAUGGUUCCUCCGUCGGAAGAGUAUUCCACACCUGCCCAUCGCAAGGUGCCAGAGGACACUGACCCUGAGUUGGUUUUCCUCUGCCGCCAUGUCUACGACUUCCGGCAUGGCCGCAUCUUGAAGAAUCCGCAGUAGCCGAGCUCUGCAGCUCCGUGGGGUUGACAAAGUGGUGGCGGCUGGAGAGCCGAGGGCAGCCUGACCUCAUUGCCGGCACGUGCUGUGGUGGAGCCCUGCCCUCGGGCACAGGACGGGAUGCCCAAGCACACUAUCCUCUGCGUUUUGGGAGCAGAUUUCCUGCCGAGGCAGAUGUUCAAAGCACAGCACUUCAUAUAAAGAGCAUAAAUGGAAAUAUAUUAUCUAUAGAGAAAUGUGUGUGUGUGUAUAUAGAUAUAGGUACUUGCUUCUGUAAAUCUAUAUCUAUAUAUAUAUAUGUACAAUGAGCAUCUUAUAAGG